UGCGGGAGAGCGGUUGUGGUGGCCGAGCCGCGGCCGAGGCCGGGAUGGGGGCGCCGCUCGCUUCGCGCCGGGGAGCCGGGGCUGCGGGCCGGCGCUGGUUGGUGCUGCCGCCCGUGCUGCUGGCGCUGCUGCUGGCGCGGCCCGCGGCGGCCCUGGUGGAGGGGCUCUACUGCGGCACGCGGGACUGCUACGAGGUGCUGGGCGUGAGCCGCGCGGCGGGCAAGGCGGAGAUCGCGCGGGCCUACCGCCAGCUGGCGCGGCGCUACCACCCCGACCGCUACCGGCCCGAGCCCGGCGACGAGGGCCCCGGCCGGACGCCGCAGAGCGCCGAGGAGGCCUUCCUGCUGGUGGCGACCGCCUACGAGACCCUCAAGGAUGAAGAAACACGCAAAGACUAUGACUACAUGCUGGAUCACCCGGAAGAGUACUACAGCCAUUACUACCACUACUAUAGCAGGCGCUUAGCCCCUAAAGUGGAUGUUCGAGUUGUGAUUUUGGUCAGCGUGUGUGCUAUUUCAGUAUUUCAGUUUUUCAGCUGGUGGAAUAGCUACGACAAGGCAAUCAGCUACCUAGCCACAGUGCCCAAGUACCGCAUCCAAGCCAUGGAAAUUGCCAAGCAGCAGGGCUUGCUCAGAAAAGCCAAAGAGAGGGGCAGAAACAAAAAGUCCAAAGAGGAACUCCGUGAUGAGGAGGAGAACAUCAUAAAGAACAUUAUAAAAAGUAAAAUAGAUAUAAAGGGAGGCUAUCAGAAACCCCAGAUACGAGAUCUUCUCCUGUUUCAGAUUGUCUUAGCUCCUUUUCACCUGUGUUCGUAUAUAGUCUGGUAUUGCUGGUGGAUCUAUAAUUUUAACAUCAAAGGCAAAGAAUAUGGGGAAGAAGAAAGACUAUAUAUCAUACGUAAAUCUAUGAAGAUGUCACAGUCUCAGUUUGAUAGUCUAGAAGAUCAUCAGAAAGAAACUUUUCUUAAACGGGAGCUCUGGAUAAAGGAGAAUUAUGAGGUUUACAAACAAGAACAAGAAGAAGAACUAAAGAAAAAAUUGGCAAAUGAUCCUAGAUGGAAGAGAUACAGAAGAUGGAUGAAGAAUGAAGGGCCUGGGCGGUUAACAUUUGUGGAUGACUGAAGAUUGCUGGAAUGCUACUAUGCCAAACCUUAAUUGUGACAUUUUCAUAACUGAAUUAUUUUAGAAAUGUAUCAACUGCCCCUCAGCAGUAACUAAAAUUCCUCAAAUAUUUGAUUAAACAGAAUAAUGUAGAAAUUUAAACUUUCCCUUAAAACUUUAUAUAUAAGACAUUUAUGAUUGUUCAAUUUUUAUAAUCAAUUUGUGGAUUUUGUUAAAAGAUUUGACAUUAAGAUUUAUUAGUUGCCAUUUAAGAAUUUUAUGUUUAGUUAAAAGAUUUGACAUGAAAAUUUAUUAGAUACCACUUAAAAUUUUUAUGUGUUAAGUGUUUAUUCUUCAAAAGUGUUUCCUUAUUCUUUGUUGUAUUGCUACAUUUUUCUGCUUUCAUGGCCACUAAUAUUUUCACCAAACAUAAAAAAUUAUAACAGCAUUUAAUUAUAUUAUUGUGUCUUUCUAGACACAGACUUCUUCAGCAAAAUUAUUUCAACUAUCAUGUCAUCUUCAUUACACUCAUUCGAAGAUUGAAAUAUGUUCAAAAUAUCUCUCUAGGAGAGUCUUCUGCUAGAAUAUCUUUAUACUGUUUCCCCCCAGUCAUAAUGUUCUUAUAAGAUCUGAAACUCUCCAGGAGAGUGAAUCUACCUUCAUGUCCUUGUGGGAUGAUCUUGAUUACAGUCAUUAUAGGACUAUAACUGUAUUCUCAAAUGUUUUUCCAGAAGAGACCUUAUAAAAAGGUCUUUUGUACCACAGUAUUGCUUCCCCCCACCCUUCAAUUAAAAAAAACUAAUGGAGCAGAAAUAGUAUACCGAAAAGUUGUUCAUAUACCUGUAUUAUGAAGUGCUUGAGUGGUGAAAAAUCCAUUGUACAUGAGUGCAUUUACAUGCAUUUAAACCAGAAAGAAGAGGUGCAUGGCUGUGUGCUGUUCUAUCAAACAAUGAAAUAUAAAUGUUUAUACGUGUGGAAGUGAAAGUGAUUCACAUAUAAUUUGACUGAAGCAAGUAUGAUACUGCACUAAAGUAUUGAUACACGUUCACGGUAGUGAAUCAAUAUUCCUGUUAAGGGAUUUAUCCGAUUGCUUCAUAUUAAUAAAAUGGUUGCAAUAUA